AUGGAUUCCACGUCGCGAAAACGUAAAGAUGGCCCUGUGCCAGCCAACGGUAGUACCCAGCCUGCCCACAAGAAGAGCAAGGCUAAAAUAGCCGAGAAGGUGGAACUGGGAACAACACUUGCCAUAGGCGAUCAAGGCAUAUGGGUGACGUUCGCGAGAGGAAUGAAAUACAAAGCAAUAAGGGAAUUUCAAGAGCUUUGUGUUGAGUACGGCAAGACAAUGUAUGGUAUUGAGCCUCCGGCAAACGACGACGAAAUUGCCCAAGGGGACGAACACCAGGAUAUUGAGGCCUCCAUCGAAGCCGAGCUGAGCAGCAUGAAGUCAGGUGGGAAAGCAGAUACGAAUCAAACCUUCAAACCAGUCUCAUCCGGCGUUGAGUGCCUAUUCUUCAUGAAGACGAUGGAUCCGGUUCAACCUGGAUCCCUGGCAAAGAAAAUGUGCGAAGACGCCAGAGACUGCCAAGAUCAAAGGCAGCGCAAGUGCAAAUACAUCAACCGACUCACACCCGUGGUCAACAUGGACAAAGCUACGGAUAAAGGUAUUGACAAGGUGGCACGUGCCGUGCUGUCACCUUGGUUUGAAUUAAAAGAUGAAGAGAAAGGCGAUGCAGAUAAAACAGAAGCACCCCCUUCAGCUGUUCCGUCUCCCCCUUAUACGUACGCCAUUCGACACAACAUUCGUAAUCACACCACGUUCAAAUCGGGUGAGGUUAUUCAAAAGAUUGCAGGUCUUAUAGAUGCCAAACACUGCGUCAAUCUGAGUAAGCCGGACAAGGUGAUCCUCGUGGAAAUCUUCCAGCUUUUCUGUGGUAUAUCGGUCGUCGACGGCAAGGAAUGGGAGGAGUUGAAGCGGUACAACAUGAAUGAACUUUACAGUCUUACUCCUGUCAUAGGAAAGAAAGACUGA